AUGCUCUUUGAGGGCUUGGAGCUGGUGUCGGCGCUGGCCACCCUCGCCGCGUGCCUGGUGUCGGUGACGCUGCUGCUGGCCGUGUCGCAGCAGCUGUGGCAGCUGCGCUGGGCUGCCACCCGCGACAAGAGCUGCAAGCUGCCCAUACCCAAGGGCUCCAUGGGCUUCCCGCUCAUCGGAGAGACCGGCCACUGGCUGCUACAGGGUUCCGGCUUCCAGUCCUCAAGGAGGGAGAAGUAUGGCAACGUGUUCAAGACGCACUUGCUGGGGCGGCCGCUGAUUCGUGUGACUGGCGCAGAAAACGUGCGCAAGAUCCUCAUGGGCGAGCACCACCUCGUGAGCACUGAGUGGCCACGCAGCACGCGCAUGCUGCUGGGCCCAAACACAGUGGCCAACUCCAUCGGCGACAUCCACCGCAACAAGCGCAAGGUCUUCUCCAAGAUCUUCAGUCAUGAGGCCCUGCAGAACUACCUGCCUAAGAUCCGGCUGGUGAUCCAGGACACGCUUCGCGCCUGGAGCAGCUGCCCUGAGGCCAUCAACGUGUACCAGGAGGCGCAGAAGCUCACCUUCCGCAUGGCCAUCCGUGUGCUGCUGGGCUUCAGCAUCCCCGAAGAGGACCUUGGCCACCUCUUUGAAGUCUACCAGCAGUUUGUUGAGAACGUCUUCUCCCUGCCUGUCGACUUGCCUUUUAGUGGCUACCGACGGGGCAUUCAGGCACGGCAGAUCCUGCAGAAGGGCCUAGAAAAGGCGAUCCGAGAGAAACUGCAGUGCACCCAGGGCAAGGACUACUCGGACGCACUGGACAUCCUCAUUGAAAGCAGCAAGGAGCAUGGGAAGGAGAUGACCAUGCAGGAGCUGAAGGACGGGACCCUGGAGCUGAUCUUCGCAGCCUACGCCACCACUGCCAGUGCCAGCACCUCGCUCAUCAUGCAGCUGCUGAAGCACCCAGCCGUGCUGGAGAAGCUGCGAGAGGAGCUGCGGGCCCAGGGCAUCCUGCACAGUGGCGGCUGCCCUUGUGAGGGCACACUGCGCCUCGACACCCUCAGCGGGCUACACUAUCUGGACUGUGUCAUCAAGGAGGUUAUGCGCCUUUUCACACCCAUUUCUGGUGGCUACCGUACCGUGCUGCAGACCUUCGAGCUUGAUGGUUUUCAGAUUCCCAAAGGCUGGAGUGUCAUGUACAGCAUCCGGGAUACCCACGACACGGCACCUGUGUUCAAAGACGUGAACGUAUUCGAUCCAGACCGCUUUGGUCAGGCACGGAGUGAAGACAAGGAUGGCCGCUUCCAUUACCUCCCGUUCGGCGGCGGCGUCCGCACCUGCCUGGGCAAGCAUCUGGCCAAGCUGUUCCUGAAGGUGCUGGCGGUGGAGCUGGCUAGCACGAGCCGCUUUGAGCUGGCCACCCGGACCUUCCCCCGCAUCACCUUGGUCCCUGUCCUGCACCCCGUGGAUGGCCUCAGUGUCAAGUUUUUUGGCCUGGACUCUAACCAGAACAAGAUCUUGCCAGAGACGGAGGCCAUGCUGAGCGCCACAGUCUAAACGCGUCUGGCGCAUACCCCCACCUCAGCCCAGCCAGGCGGGGUGGGGUGGGGUGGUGGUGGUGGGAGGCACCAGAAGGGUCGAAACCUGUGUGUGGGAGGGGGCGGGAACGUGGGGAAGGGGGAGCGGUCCCCCAUACCUUACCCUCCCCUGUUUCCUCUCCCUGGCAAACCCUACCCAAAGCCACAAGGGCCCCGUCCUUCCAGGGGAAAGGCUCUUCUCCUGGCUCCUACUUCUCUCCAGUCCCUCCAGUUCCCACCAGCUUAGCUUCUGGGAAGGGGCAUGGCGGGGCACUCUGCAUGCCCAUUACAGUGUUAAAAGUCAGUGGCUUGGCUGUCGCAUUUGCUUGUCAUGUUCUGAACUGGUCCCACCUCUCCCAUUUCUUUUGGGCCCCUUUAGUCUGAGGACGGGUGGUUGAGGGGGAGGGAGGAAAAGAGGUGCCCCGUUUGGGGCUCUCUUCAGCACCCCCCUCCCUUCCUGCUUUGACUCAGACUGGUAGAGUGCCCCUCCUGGUGUGGCUGCCCAGGAAUAGCAUACUGGAUAAGAGAACACGAGUCACCCUCGGUAGAGUGGGGGGCUGCAAGCAGCCUGCAGGGGCCCCACCCUGUUGCCAGUUUGGACAUUUGAAAUUACCUAUUGCUGCUACUUUUUCUCUCUCUGACCUUGGGGCAAAGGAGCCCCAGGCCCUGUCCUCCCAGCACCCUCCCUGGUGGCCCUGGGCAUGCGCACUGACAUCCUCACCUUCCUGCCAGGCAGCCUUGAGCCCAUCCUACUUCCCUGUUACACACAUGCCCAAGGCCUUUGGCUCAUGGGCUGCCCGCUGCCCCUCACCCCGGGCCCUCCCCACUCCCCCCAUAUUUAUUCACUCAUACAACCGAAUCUUGGCGUUCCCGGGGACUGGAACAAGCAUCUCUUCUGUCCCCAGCCUCCUUCCCAGCUGUCCAGGGCAGGGCUUCUGCGAAUGGGUCCUCCCACCCACGGGCUCCAGACCUUCUGUGGGUUCAACCUCAGAGCCUCACUCUCCGGGUGAAGUCCAGUGCCUCCACCUUUGCCCCCUGGCGGUGGUGGGGAAAUGGCCCCCCGCCUCCCUCCCUGCUCUGUCAAAAACCCUGUUCACAUGGGGAUUUGGAGGCUGCCACAAGCUCUUGCUUGGCCACUGUUCACCCCGGUGCCCCCCACUCCUCCUAGUGAGCAUGGGGAAGUAUACGGGUUCUUUCCUCUGACAGGGAGUGAGGGCCCCUGUUGUCCGUCCCUUGACCCUCACCCUUGGCCCUUUGCCCUUGGAGAGAUGUCCUUGAAGUCCCACCCACCUCUAUGCCACUGUCUACUUAGCCCAGCUCAGAGGUGUGGGGACAAGACGAAAGCAAGGGGAGGUGAGCGAAGGAGGCGGCCCGUUCGCUGCGCUGACUCAGGUCCUCUGCCGUGGUCUGGAGGCAGCUGCAGUGGGGAGGGUGCUGCAGAGCUGAGGAGGAGGGUACGUGCGAUUUGUCAGAAGUGAUUUGGCUGAAAACUGGCCAGUCAGGGGAUGACUGGGGGACAGAGGAGUGGUUCCUGCCACUGGCAUUUUGAGUGUUGGAAAUUUGGGAUGCCUCCCGGGAUGGUUUUGGGGGUCUCUGGUGAGUCUCUCAGUGACUUUGCCUGUUUUCAGAUUUUUCUUGGCUUUCUGUGUUUCUCUAUUGGAUUUUGAUGUUAUAUAAAAUCGACGAAUCAUCUUUACAAGAAAAUCAAAAACACACAGAAGAGACAGAAGAGUGCAGGAUUCCAUUCCCUCCAGUUCCCUCUCUGUAGCAGUGGCUACUGUGGCCGCUGAGUGGCCCCCUCAUGGUGCUUGCAGACCCCCACCCGCCCCCACUCACAUCCCUGUGUGGUAGGCUUUAGGGCAACGGGUUCAUGCCUGGUGGACCGCUCUAUAGCCCCUGUUCUCAAGUGUUUCAUUUGGUUCCUACAUUUUUGCUACUAAAAAACAGUGCAGAACAGGGGCAUCAUUGGCAAAGAGACAUUUUUAAAAUAUUAGCAAAAUCUCUCAAUCCACCCCCCCCCCACACACACACAUUCUGAAAAACAGGCAAAAAUGUGUCAAGACUCAUCAACGCUUGCAAAAUAUCUGCAUGGUGCACCAGAAUUUCAUACCCAUAAAAAAGCCCAGUGUCUGCAAGGUUCCUGGUCCAUUAAGCUGACCCAGCUUGUCCUGAACCAGUCGCUUUUGACUGAACAUCUAGGAAGGCAGUAAGUGCUACUUCAGACAGGAAGCCCACCAGGCCUGGCCCUGGUAAGGGGGUGGGGGGUCCGGAGGGCUCUGGGAGGCAUCAGUAGACUUCUCUUGGGGUGACCAGCCUGGGAGGGGCAGAGGGGAAGUCGGAGGGGGUCCCCGUGAGGAGGAAGGAAGGAUUAUUUACCCCGCUGGGUCUCAAAGGCAACAAGAAGGGAACCGAAAGAAGCUCUUGACUGGCUGACAGGAGGGUCCCGGUGUCGAAAUUCAGCCGUCUCUCCUCUCUGUGUCCAUCCGUGUCCGUGUGUUUCUUGUAUAGGCUCUAUAGAGGUAGCGCUAGAUGGGUGAUGUUUCCUCACUUACCAUUCCUAACUAUUGUAACUUGACAUUAAAAAGACAAAACCCCACAACCCUCUUCCUGCCACGGGCUUGCAGAUUGAAGCACUUUCGAUGUUGGGCGCUGGCGUUUGUGUUCUGGGUACCAUCCUGACCCUGCCCGGAUCACUAUAAUAUUAUUUUAUACACAAAACUUUUUUUUUCAUAAAUGUUAUAAUUUUGUGUCUGUCUUUAUAAACUAUUAUAAGUACUAUUUUUGUUAUAAUUCAAAAUAGAUAUUUAGUAUAAAGUUUUUGCUGUUAAAUAUUUGUUAUUUAGUAAAAUAUGAAUUUUUUUCUCUAUUGUAA